CAUUACUAACUAAGAAUUAAGAUAAUUUAAUCAAGGAAGGAUAAAAUCAUGAAGCUCUUACAAAAUAUAUUAUUUGUUCAAGUUUUGAUGAUGGCAAUGGUAAUAUGGAUCGUGCCCAUGACUUAUGGUCAUGGUCAUGGUCAUGGUCAUGGUCAUGGUCACGGUCAUCACGCACCCGUAGCUGGUUGGCUAGAUGCCCGUGCCACAUUUUACGGUGACAUCAAUGGUGGCCAAACUCAUCAGGGAGCCUGUGGAUAUGGUGAUUUACACAAACAAGGCUUCGGUUUAGCCACGGCAGCACUAAGCACCGCACUAUUCAACAAUGGCUACACUUGUGGGGCAUGUUACGAGAUCAAGUGUGCGAAUAGUCCACAGUGGUGUUUGCCCGGAAGCAUCAAGAUCACAGCUACAAACUUCUGUCCACCCGAUCCCAGCAAUAAGAAAGACAGCUGGUGCAACCCACCACAGAAACACUUCGAUCUCUCCCAACCAAUGUUCCUCAAAAUCGCUCAGUACAAAGCCGGGGUUGUCCCAGUUAGAUACAGACGUGUUCAUUGUACCAAGACCGGAGGUGUCAAAUUUGAAAUCAAGGGAAACCCUCAUUUCGUUAUGGUCUUGCCGUACAAUGUAGGAGGAGCCGGAGAUAUUAAGGAAUUGUGUAUUAAGGGAACCAAAACCGAUUGGAUUAAGAUGCAGAAGAACUGGGGACAGAUUUGGAAUAGUGGUGUUGUUAUGACCGGACAAUGCUUGUCGUUUAGGAUCACUACCAGUGAUGGAUCUACGAAAGAUUUUAUGGAUGUGACACCGACAAAUUGGGGAUUUAACGGACAGGCUUUUGAUGGAAAGAUUAACUUUUAGAAAAAGUUGAUGCGAAUUUUGUUAGCGAAUACUUGCAGUUAAAUAAGAGGAGAGGGUUAUUGAUAUAUUGAUAUGUAUUUUUUCCAAUUUUUUAAUUUUUCAUUGUUAUUGGUGUAAAGGUUUUUAUAUUGAUAUGUAUUCUAUGUGGGUUGGUAUAUUGAUAGUAAUAGAGUAAAACACUCGAUUUAAAAAAAAACAAAUAAUGACAUUUUCGUGAAUAAGCCAAACUUAUGAGUGAAUAGGGCAAAUGAAAAUUCUAAAAAAAUCAUGGGUGAGUUUUGUGUUUAACUUUUUGCUUUGAGUCAUAUUUAAAAAAAAAAACCCAAAAUUAGUAAAGCAAUUUCUAAGGGGUGGUCUAAAUGAAAAGAAUCACACAUGAGAUGAUAGCUGAUAACUUAUGUUUUAAUAGUAUAGAUUUUAAUACACGUUUUUGUUUUGUUUUUUUUUUCUUUGUCAUCAACAUUACAGACUCAUAUUGACUCUGUGAACCACACUGGGAGAUCUUGAUCCAUGUGAACUACAAAUGACGUUGCCUUCCUAGCGCUACGGGCUAAGCUAUCCACCUUCUUGUUCUGCGUUCUUGGUACAUAGAUAAUCUCUGCUCGGAAAAAACUCUCUUUCAGGCUGUUUAUAUCCUCCAAAUAACUUGCAAACGCUGGCCAUUCUUCUGGUUCUGAAACCAUCUUCACCAAUUGAGAACAAUCCGUUGCAAACAUAACCUGAAAUUAUCGUAAGUUUUUCAUACAUUCCAUUGCCCAUAGUAAAACUUCCAUCUCCGCAUGAAGAGGAGAGAGGGACGUCCGGACAUUCCUUGCCCCCAUCAAACCCUCAAAUCUUUCUAAAAUAUUGUAUCAACCUUGACCUGAAAAAAUAUCAUUCUCUUUCUAGGAACCAUCCGUAAAACACCAUCUUCUGGGGAUUGACGGAAGAAUCGUAUUCUCUACCUGUGGAGUCCUCUUUUGGAUAUUCAAUAUUGUGCCUCAGCCCAAAGUGUAGAUUCGGUUUCUACCGGUUUAAGGGUAUCCAAUACACGUUUUUGUUUUGAUAAUAAAUGAAUACACGUUUUUGUUUUAAUAAUAAAUGAGUUUUUGCAAUUAUAUUCUAUAUUAAACAGAGUAAUAUAUGAUUAGUUAAUAAAACGAACAUGAAUUGAAAUAUUGAAAUUAUUUCAGUUUGCGUAGUAUCUAAAAUUAAGGCAAACUGGCGACUACAUAUUUUGGAAAUUUUAUAGAUUUUAUAAAUAUUUUGUGGGACUAAAUAACAUUAUGAGUAUCCAAAAUUCUAUCAGAAAAUUUAAUACGUUAUAAUUCAAAUGGCUGCCAACAAAUAAGGCAAUCAAACCAAAAUCUUGUUUUUCCAAAACAGUUUGCUUCAAAUUUACAAAUAUUCUAUUUACUUUAAUCCAUAUAAUAUUGUGGUUUAUUAAGCUAUAUCAUAGGAAGUAUUUUUUUUAUUGAAUUAAAUAAUGAAAAGACAAUAAAAACUUAAAAUUAGGUUUAUUAAUUAUUUUAGUGGCAUAAGAGUGUAAAUAAAUUGUAAUUCUAAAGGAUAAUUUUUAUAUGUACUUCUAUUUUUACUGUAUAUCUCAUAUAUAUUAAAAAUAAGCAUUGUCAUUUAAUGCUUUCACACUACAUUGGACACGUGACAACAUCACAUUACUUUAAAAAUACGGAAGCUGACGUGUCUUCUUAAUAGAGUUUCUCACAAUAAUAUUUCCUAUUUUGCUUACAAUUAAACACAACCACGUUUUCAUUUAGCUCAUGCCAAUGGACAUGAUGAGAAGCUCAUUUUGCUCAUAUCAAGUCGCAUAUCCGAUUGCAGAAAAUUGAACUAAUUUUUUUAAGACUUUAUAAAUUCAUUUUUGUAAAUGAGAUAUCUCAAUCUCGACAAAAGGUACGAGAGAGGAGAGAAAGUGAGUCUUAAAAAAGGCCGAAAAAAACCAGCAACAUAUAUAAAGAGCUCAACAAGAGUGCUUUCUCCAAAACAAAACAGAGGCCACUACCAUUCAAGAGAGCCUGCUACUUUGAAAGGCUUCUAUGAGUUCAGUCUGGUGCAACGGCUAUAGAUGCUUCUUUGUGGAUUAAUUGGUUCAAGCACGACUAGCCAGCACGCGUUAUAUAAGACUAAUAAUGUUGGUCACGAGUAACGCUGAGAGAGAUAGCAUCAACGCAGCGGAUCCCUUCACUAUAAAUGAAAGCAAUGCUCUAGAGUCUGAAGCUUUAAAGUUGUCUUCGAAUGGAAGAGAGUAGAGCUUCAAACUGAUGAAAAGCUUAUAUCGGCAGAAUCGCUUCACGUGCAAUGCUAUUCAAAGACCACUUUCUAGAUAUGGAGUGUUGCGAAGCACUCAACUGCCCAGAAAAAAACUUAGAAGGUCUGCUAAUUAGUAACUAAAAGCAGCUAAGAAAUCAAGUUCUCGAAAACUAUGUGGGAUGAGAUUUUGUUGAUGUUGUAGCUUAUGAUCCUACGUGCAAGAUUUUGUCAGCUAAGAAAUCUGGUUCUCGACACAGGGCACACCUUUUAUUUCAGUCAUAGCUUAUGAUCCUACGUGCAAGAUUUUGUCAGCUAAGAAAUCAUGUUCUCAACACAGGGCACAACUUUUGUUUCAGUCAGAGCUUAUGAUCCUACGUGCAAGAUUUUAUUGAUGUUUUGCAUUUUGGAGUUCGUUCUGUGAGGUUGAUUAUUCAUGCAUGCAAGAUUUUGUAUUUAAAAGAUUGAAAAUGAUCAAUUGUCGUACACGAAAUUUAUAUUAUUAUGGUUAAGACUAUUAUACCGAAAUACAAAAUUGGUGUUUGUAAUACCGAAGGAACUGCUGCAUGUGUGUUUGGACAAUAUUUUGCUACAUUGAGUGAUUGGCAAAGUUGAUUAACGAUAGGAGAUUUGCAUAUAUUUCAAACCUGUAGUUUAUGGCAAUAUAUAUAUAUAUAUAUAUAUAUCAAAGUGUGAUGAGCAAGGUACAAACAUAUGACAUUUAAUUCAUAUUUUUCAGAGAUACAAUGUGACUUGAAUUAAGAUUAUUAGACCUAUAUAAGACUCACUUCUCCUAUUCUUUUUAGUUAUAACAUAAACGCGAGACCUAAGCAAACUUAACUCAUUCUUCUAAAUGGCUGUGAUAACUGUUGUAUCUGAUUUGAAACCAUUUAAGUCUAUGUGAAAUAUUACGGUGAAAAUCAUACGUGUGUGGAAGCAGUAAUCUGCUGCUUGCGGCAUAACGAAAUAUCAUUGCAAGUGAGGAUUCUAAUUCAGACAUUAUAUAUAAUAUUUUUAUUUUUAAAUCUUUAUUUCACCAUCAACCAAAUUAGAAUGAAAUAUUUGUCUUUAUAAUUUUCUUUUGUUUUCUUCGACAAUGAUCUAGAUUUGAUUUUAUUAUGAAUUUGUUUAGAAAUUAAAAUAAAAAAUUGGUUGACAUUAAAAUUGUCUAAAAUUCAUAUAACAUGAAACCAAACAAAUACUAAUAGCCUUUCAUCUAUAACAAAAAGAAAAUCAAAAACCUCAAACAUUUUAACCGAACAAACAAAAAUAAAUAUGAUUUUAAAAUGUAGGUAUAUAAUAGGAUAUUAAAACCCGGAAAACAACCCAAAA